GAGGAGAAGUACCGACGACGAGAAAAUAAAUUAUAAAUUAUAAUAAAAAAAGAAGAAGAAAAAGGAAAAGCAGCUUCUUCCACUCCGCGAGUACCCUAACUCGGAUUCUCCAUUGUCGUCCUAAGAAGUCAGAUCCACUGUUCUAGGGUUUCGAUCUCCGCUCCCUCUCCGCCUCGGCUUUGAUUCGCUGCGGGAGCCAUGGCGAACAUCGACAUCGCGGGGAUACUCGAGGGGCUCCCCAGCGACGGGCGCGUGCCGAAGACGAAGAUCGUGUGCACGCUCGGCCCCGCGUCGAGGUCGGUGCCGGUGCUGGAGAAGCUGCUGAGGGCGGGGAUGAACGUGGCGCGCUUCAACUUCUCGCACGGGACGCACGAGUACCACCAGGAGACCCUCGACACUCUCCGGAUCGCCAUGCACAACACCGGGAUCCUCUGCGCCGUCAUGCUCGACACAAAGGGCCCUGAGAUCCGCACUGGCUUCCUGAAGGACGGGAAACCUAUCAAGCUCAAGGAGGGCCAAGAGAUCACUAUUACCACUGAUUACAACAUUAAAGGCGAUGAGAAUAUGAUAGCUAUGAGUUACAAGAAGCUUUCUGUAGAUCUGAAGCCCGGAAACACCAUAUUGUGUUCGGAUGGUACAAUAACUCUAACAGUCCUGUCUUGUGAUCCGGAAGCUGGGACGGUGAGAUGUCGCUGUGAAAACACUGCAAUGUUGGGUGAGAGAAAGAAUGUCAAUUUGCCUGGGAUUAUUGUGGAUCUCCCGACACUGACUGACAAAGAUAAGGAAGACAUCUUGGGAUGGGGUGUUCCGAACAACAUUGAUAUAAUUGCUCUGUCAUUUGUGCGUAAAGGUUCUGAUCUCGUAACUGUUAGGCAAGUUCUUGGCACACAUGCAAAGCAAAUAAAGUUGAUGUCAAAGGUCGAAAACCAGGAAGGAGUCAUAAACUUCGACGAGAUCUUACGUGAAACUGAUGCCUUCAUGGUUGCCCGUGGUGAUCUUGGUAUGGAGAUACCAGUUGAAAAGAUCUUCCUCGCCCAGAAGAUGAUGAUCUACAAAUGCAAUCUAGCGGGCAAAUCGGUCGUCACUGCCACACAGAUGCUUGAGUCGAUGAUCAAAUCCCCUCGCCCGACUCGUGCUGAGGCCACCGACGUAGCAAAUGCCGUUCUUGACGGCACAGAUUGCGUCAUGCUCAGCGGUGAGAGUGCAGCUGGGGCCUACCCUGAGCAGGCAGUCAAAAUCAUGGCCCAAAUUUGUAUAGAGGCUGAGUCAUCCCUCGAUUACGAUGCCAUCUUCAAAGAAAUGAUUAGGUGUGCCCCCCUCCCCAUGAGCCCUUUGGAGAGUCUCGCAUCCUCCGCCGUCCGGACCGCAAACAAAGCUAAGGCCACACUUAUUGUGGUGUUGACACGUGGCGGUACGACUGCCAAGUUGGUGGCGAAGUAUCGACCUAGGGUUCCAAUCCUGUCUGUGGUGGUGCCAGUGCUGACCACCGACUCGUUCGACUGGAUGGUCAGCGAUGAGUCACCUGCAAGGCUCAGCCUUAUCCACCGGGGUCUUAUCCCAAUAUUGGCGGAGGGUUCAGCUAAGGCAACUGAUUCCGAAUCGACGGAGGUGAUCUUGGCGGCCGCACUUCAAAAAGGCGUGCAGAAGAGCCUGUGCAAGCCUGGUGAUGCCGUUGUUGCGCUACACCGAAUUGGUAUUGCUUCUGUCAUAAAGAUCUGCUUAGUGAAAUGAGUGGGGUUAGAUGAAACUGAGUCCGUUAUCGAAGUGGUUAGAUGAAACAGAGUCCGUUAUCGAAUAAUGCUGGUUUUCUUUGUAGAAGUUCCUGCUUGUUUUCCUAUGUGAAGACAACUAUUUCCCUCCUGCUUUUUGCAGGAAACUUCUAUUUACUUUGAGACAUAAUGAGAUGCUACUGGAGAGAGUUACUCCUUUUUGUUAAGCCCCCUGUUGUUUUA